AUGCCCACUGUGGAUGACAUUCUAGAGCAGAUAGGAGAAUUCCACUUUUUCCAGAAACAAAUGUUUUUCCUCUUAUGUCUGCUCUCAGCUGCCUUCACCCCUAUCUACGUGGGCAUCGUCUUUCUGGGUUUCACCCCUGACCACCGCUGCCAGAGCCCUGGGGUGGCCGAGCUGAGCCAGCGAUGCGGUUGGAGCCUAGCAGAGGAGCUGAACUAUACUGUGCCGGGCCUGGGGGCUGCGGAUGAAGCCUUUCUCCGCCAGUGCAUGCAGUACGAGGUGGACUGGAACCAGAGCGCCCUCGACUGUGUGGACCCACUGGCCAGCCUGGCUGCCAACAGGAGCCACCUACCUCUAGGGCCCUGUCAGCAUGGCUGGGUGUACGACACACCUGGCUCCUCCAUUGUCACCGAGUUUAACCUGGUGUGUACCAACUCCUGGAUGCUGGACCUGUUUCAGUCGGCAGUGAAUGUGGGGUUUUUUGUCGGUGCUGUGGGUAUUGGCUACCUAGCAGACAGGUAGGUAAAGCACCUCUUGCUUCUUCGUGACAUCCUUAUCAAUGCCGUCUCUGGGGUUCUCAUGGCCGUUUCCCCAUCCUAUACGUGGAUGCUGAUAUUUCGCUUGAUCCAAGGCCUGGUCAGCAAAGCGGGCUGGUUGAUUGGCUACAUUCUGAUUACAGAAUUUGUCGGGCUAGGCUACCGAAGAACAGUGGGGAUUUUUUACCAAGUUGCCUUUACGGUUGGGCUCCUGGUGCUGGCAGGGGUGGCGUAUGCCCUUCCUCACUGGAGGUGGCUGCAAUUCACAGUUACUCUGCCCAACUUCUGCUUCCUGCUCUACUACUGGUGCAUACCCGAGUCCCCGAGGUGGCUGCUCUCCCAGAACAGAAGUGCGAAAGCCAUGAGGGUAAUUCAGCACAUCGCAAAGAAAAACGGGAAGUCAAUGCCAGCCUCUCUCCAGAGCCUGAGGGCAGAUGAGGAAGUUGUUGAGAAGCUGAAUCCCUCAUUUCUGGACUUGUUCCGAACCCCUCAGAUAAGAAAACAUACUCUGAUCUUGAUGUAUAACUGGUUCACGAGCUCUGUUCUCUACCAGGGCCUCAUCAUGCACACAGGGCUCGUGGGGGACAACAUCUACCGAGAUUUCUUCUACUCUGCCCUGAUGGAGUUCCCAUCGGCCAUCAUCAUCAUCCUCACCAUAGACAGAGUUGGUCGCCGUUAUCCUUGGGCUCUGUCAAAUCUGGUGGCAGGGGCAGUCUGUCUAGCUUCAGUUUUUAUCCCUGAGGGUCUACACUGGCUGAAAAUCACCGCGGCAUGCUUGGGUAGAAUGGGCAUCACCAUGGCCUUCGAAAUUGUCUGUCUGGUCAGUGCUGAACUGUACCCCACAUUCAUUCGGAAUCUCGGCGUCCUCGUCUGUUCCUCAAUGUGUGACAUUGGUGGCAUCAUCACGCCCUUCCUGGUCUACCGCCUCACUGAGGUCUGGCUGGAGCUCCCGCUGGUCGUGUUUGCCGUCAUCGGCCUGGUGGCUGGAGGGUUGGUGCUGUUGCUACCAGAGACCAAAGGGAAGGCUUUGCCCGAGAGCAUCGAGGAUGCUGAGAACAUGCAGAGAACAAGAAAAAAUAAAGAAAAGAUGAUUUACCUCCAAGUUAAGAAACCAGACCAUCCACUAACCUAG